CCCUUUCCGUUGCCAUGGCCGGGCAGCGGCCGCCGCUGCUCCGCUGGCGGCGCCUCCCGGAGAGAGUGGACCAAGCUGUCUCUGAAGCUUUUUCCCAUCAAAAGUCAAGCUAUCCACAGGGGUCUUGGGGGUCCUGUAACAAGUUUGGAAACCAUGGAACAGCUGCAAGAUCAUGACGAGGCCUGUGAGGAAGCCCAAGAGCUGCUCAGGAACUGGAUGAAGUCCAAACUGCAGCUGGAUCUGAGUGAUGGAGAAGAUGAAGUUAACUCUGUCCUUCUGGAAGUGCCUUCUGCAGCCCCUCCAAAGUCUGAGCAGUUUGAUGACUUGUGCAGCUAUCUGGAACGUGAAAUGGAAAGUUCUUCUGUCCAGAAAUACCUACAGCAUCUUUUGCAGAGUGAAGAUGUGAACUGUGGGAUAACGAAACAUCUUAGACUUGAAGACAUCAAAGAAAAACAAAAACUUGCAGAUCCACGAAUAAUCAUGGAGCUCAGACACAAGCAGGUGAAAGAAAACCGAAUGAGGCGUCAGAAGGCAUUAGAGCUUCAGAGACAAGAAGAGUCCCUGAAGAAAGCAAUUCUGUCUGAGGCCAAGCUCCGAGCACAGGAGGAGGAUAGAAGGAAGGCCCUGAAGGCCAAGAAGGAGGAGGAGGAGAUCCAGAGGGAAAUGGUGAAGCUGCGAAAGGAAAUGGCUGAGAAGAGGCUCACUGUGGCAGAAGCAUGGAGAAUGGAGGGGAAGAGACAAGAGAAAAUUCAGAAGCUGUCAGUGCAGGAGGUACCCAUUACUGUGUCACCACCCCUGGUCCUGAGGAAAGAAGAGCAAGGAGUGGAGAAACAGAGAAAGACUGAGGAGCUGCUGCGCAGGAUUCACACCAGUAAGCAGAGAUGCCUGCAACGACAUUUCUCUGCUUGGCUGAAAGUCAUUCUGGAGCAGAGAAUCAAAAUGGGAAAAGCCAGAGCCCUUGCUGAUUGGAGAUGCCAACUGAAGGCCCUGCGAGCCUGGAGAAAUUAUACUUGGGCCCAGAAAGUAGAGCAGGAGACACAGCAACUGGAAGUUCAUCUCCAAGAUCAAAACAGGAAGAACCAACUGGCUGCAGAGCAUAACCAGCAACGGCUCCUGCGCUGCUGCUUCGUGGCCUGGCAGCGCUGGAGCCGAGCAGAGACGGAAAAGCGAGAGCUGCAGAUCAAGAGGGAGGAGACGAAGAGAAAGAUGGCACAGCUGCUGGAGGCUGUGUCACAGGGGAAGGGUGGUCUGCACAGGCCACUGGAGGUUAACCAGCCUGGGACAGCAGAAGUAAUCCAUCAUCAAGAUUUGCAGCAAGACAAGCCAACUGAAACUUGCAACAUACAGAAAGAGCCUGAUCAGACCAGAGACCACUCUUGUUGGGAUACUGUUCAUACAUCUAAUUUCUGCAGAAAACACAAAUUUGUCUGGGAGAUUACUGUAAAACAUGCAGCCUUGAGUGUCCAGGACCAGGCUGUGUGUAGGAAUCAAGUAGCUACUGUCCUCCAGCAGUUUCAGGCACUUGGUCCAAAGACAUCUCCUACUUAUGGAAGCCGCUUUGAGCACCGUCACGCCUUCCAGCAACGUCUGAUUGAGGAGCAGAGGCAGCAGCUUCAGAAACAGCAAGAGCUGAUCCUUAAGCUGCAGGAAAAUCAGAGGCUGAGCAGAGAUAAGGAAGAGGCAGCACAAGCUACAGCUGUAACCCAGCUGAUUGACAAUUCUGUUUCUCAAACCAGAGAGGAAAAACAAUCGAGAUGCAAGCAUACAAUCCCUUUGAGUUCACCUGAUUCUCAUGGGCCAGAAAACACAGGGGUAGCAAUGCAAGACAGGAGGCCCUCCAACCAGCUGACCUCAGCUUAUCCAAUACUGAAAGGGAUGGAGGAGAGAGCAAUUCAGCGGGCAGAACAGAGGAGGAAACUAGAGGAAGCCAAACAAAGAAGAGCAGAGGAAAAACUGGCCCAGCUGAAGGCUGAAGAGGAAGCGCAACAGAGGAAGAAGGCCGAGGAAAAGGAAGCUCUGCGGGAAAAACGACGGGAGGAGAGAAGGCAGCAGAAGCUGAAAGAACUGGAGAAGCAGAGGAGGCUGGAGAAAGAGCAACAGCUCCAGAAAAAGGCUAAAGAUCACUAUGAGAAGGUCCUGCUCAGAAAGCUGGGAAUAGUGCCAUGGAAAAGGCUGAGGGAGCAAGCCAAGGAAAACCUGGUGAUGGCACAAAGGUACCACUGCUUGGGCCUGCAGAGGAAAUGCCUGAUGACUUGGCUUCAGGACACCCAGCAGAGUCUCAUGGAGAAGAUGUCUCAGGCUGAGGACUUCUAUUCCCAUAUGCUACUGAGAUGGGGCUUCAGGAGCUGGCUAAAGUACAAGGAUUAUCUCUCCACUCAGGAGGAGAGAGCGAGUGCCUUCCAUGCAGCCUGCCUCAUGAGGAAGUACUUGCGGGCAUGGCUUGAUCUUAUCAUGGAGGAAAAAAGGACAUUAUGGGAGAAGCUGAAGAUUGCUACUGAACACAGUAACAAGAGACUUAUACUGAAUGCAUUCAAGGCAUGGAGGCAGUACCGAUUGCUGAUGAAAAAGGAAAGGGAGAGAGAAGAAAGGAGAAACCAGCUACGGAGGAGAGUAGCUGAAAUUCUCCCCAACUUCCAAACCUGACAAAAGAGAGUCAAAGGAGAUGGAAGGGAGACAAACAACCAGUUCUGUUCAGUGCUAUCUCCCUGCUGACUGACACAAGUCCAAGGAGAAGGCCUGCCAAGUGACAGCCAAACAAAGCUCCCUGCAGUCACUGUUGUUGUAAACUAAGCAUAUAUGGAAGCUUAUCUGACAGUUUCACUUUGCACUUCACAGGGUCAUUCCCCACAAGCUCCUCACGUGAAGCCUCUGUAAGGGUGUCUUGCCUGGUGGCUGUGAAGCCUAGGUAACCAAAGUCUAGCAUGGGGUGUGUUUGAGGCCAAGGCCAUUUCCACACACAGGGCUGCGGCGCUAACAGGAGUCCUCCGCCAAAGGAAGCACAGGACUGAACUGCACCACUUUUUCCUUAAGCAGUAACCUGGUGCAUUUCUGUUGCCAGUACUCUAUAAGUGAGAGCUCGCUCUGAGAGCAGACAGACUUGACUGUCAGCUGACCCCCAACCACUGCUGCAAACUUGGCCACCCAGAGCACAGUUUCUGGCUAACUGUGCCACAAAAGUUUGGAUGGGAGGAGGAGGGGGAAGAGCUGUUUCUGCAAACCAUAUUUGCUAAUGAUCCAGAUCAUUGCAUGGCAUAUGGAUAAUCUAAAACCUGGAUUCUUUUUUGAGGGACUACCUUGCUGGCAGCACUGGCCAGUUCACAAGCACAGUGCUUUGACUGUGGUGGCAAGUGGUGAUUCCAAGUUUAUGAGCCUCAUUGUCUUGUAAUUUAAACACUUCUCAAACUGUUUAACUGUAGUAUUUCAGGGUGUAUUGUGCAAGUCUGUCUGGGAUGUUUCACUUGAUCCAGUACUUCAAAGACAAAAAGACAAAAAUCCAAGAAAAAGGCAGAUGUGUUUUUUAUAUAAGCUAAAGCUAACAUGAUUAAAAUGAAGGUUUCUUACUUAACCUGAACCUGCAGCAUAAUGCAGACAGUGUAAUGCCGUUAAGAUACAGAAUGUCUUAGCAACAGCAUAAGGGCAGGAAGAUGGAAUCACUUCCCCCUCAUAAGAUAGGCAAAGCUCUCUCCAAAAGCAUUUGGCAGUAGAGGAAGCAUUUGAGUAACACCAGGAAGAGAAGACAACAGUCUACUGUUAUGUUGUAUCAGAUCAUUUGAAAAAGCCGUAUAAGCACUGAAAGUUUCCAAUAAACCCAAAUCUGAAAUGAACACAACUGAGCUGGUGGUGCAGAUUCUGUGUUUGAAGUUGGCUGAAUGGCUCUAAACAGAAGUCCAGGGUCAGGAACCUAUACCAGCACUAAGCACUACAGAUAAAGAUGACCUGCAUAGGAUAGGUCAGGUGCCCAAGUGCAGCAACAGGCUCCAGAGCUUUAGUUUUGGGAAUUUGUCCACGUGGAGAGCUCACAGGGAUGGGGCCAAAGACCCUCCCUGCCCACACAUGCCAGGCUGUCAAGCAGGCUCUUGGUGCAGGUCUGAAAACAACUGUCACUCCCAGGUUCUCUCCCACAUCCAUCCUCUACAACACGUGAACGUUUACCAUCUCCUAAAGGCUCUUUACAAACCUGAUCACCAGCAGGUCAGACGAGCACAUUAUCCAAGUUCAGGGAGCUGAAGGUGCCUGCAUGGAGUGUGGGCGAGUACAGACCAUCUGGCUACAUUCAAAGGCAGAUUGUGAGAGGAAGUGACAAGCUGAGAGAGGGCUGAAUAACUCGUCUUGCAGCGAGGAACAGGCACUGCAGAAGGGUAGUGUUUUUCUCCCUGAGCCAAACAGGCAGGGAGAAGCAGAGCUGGGGGCUGAGCUACCCAAA